CCACUAUUUAUUCUCCGCCAUCUCCAUGUUCUCUUGCUCACUCUCCCCCCCACCCCAACCAUGGAAGCCAGAGAAGGAAAUUCCGUUCUCUUCUUUUCCCUCGUCCCCCUGCUUCUCUCUCUCUCCGCCGCUUCCUCCGUUGACCCUCCUCCAUUUCAGACCCAAAUUCUAGUCCCCCACUCCCUCUCCCCCCCACUCACACCCUCAUGGUCCGAAUCCAAUGCUGUAAAGACCUCCGAAUCCGAUCCACAAACUGAACCUGUGAUUUCUCUUGAACUGCAUCACGUGGACGCUAUGUCUUUCAACAAAACCCCAGAGCAGCUCUUCAACCUCAGGCUGCAAAGAGAUGCUGCUAGGGUCAAAUCCUUCGUAUCCAUGGCAUCCAAGGUUGCUUCUGUGAACCAGAGCCUUAUUGGCCAGCCGGGCUUCAGCAGCUCUGUUAUAUCUGGGUUGGCUCAGGGUAGUGGAGAGUACUUUACUCGCUUGGGCGUCGGCACUCCUCCGAGGAACGUUUUCAUGGUGCUGGAUACCGGAAGCGACGUCGUUUGGCUGCAGUGUUCUCCGUGCCGGAAAUGCUACUCCCAGACCGACCCGGUGUUUGACCCUUCUAAAUCUCGGUCGUUCGCCGGAAUCUCUUGUGGCUCCCCUCUCUGCCGGCGAUUGGAUUCUCCCAGAUGCAAUAAUAAAAAGAACUGUCUUUAUCAGGUUUCCUACGGUGACGGUUCUUUCACUCUGGGGGAGUUUUCCACUGAAACGCUGACGUUUCGGCGCACCCAAGUCCCCGGCGUCGCCCUCGGAUGUGGCCACGACAAUGAGGGGCUCUUCGUCGGCGCGGCGGGUCUGUUAGGUCUCGGCCGUGGGAAGUUGUCGUUUCCUGAACAAACGGGACGCCGUUUCGGCCUGAAGUUCUCGUAUUGCUUAGUGGACCGUUCUUCUUCGGCUAAACCGUCUUCGGUUAUAUUCGGCGACUUGGCCGUUCCGCGAACCGCCCGGUUCACUCCUCUCCUCAGCAACCCUAAGCUCGACACAUUCUACUAUGUGGAACUCCUCGGGAUCAGUGUGGGGGGAGCACGCGUUCGCGGUAUCUCACCGUCGCUUUUCCGACUAGAUCCCGCUGGGAAUGGUGGCGUUAUCAUCGAUUCCGGCACGUCAGUGACCCGGCUCACCCGACCGGCCUACAUCGCCUUGAGGAACGCUUUCAGGGUGGGAGCCUCGCAUCUGAAGAGGGCACCGGAGUUCUCACUCUUCGACACCUGUUUUGAUCUGUCGGGGCAGAAGGAGGUGAAGGUGCCCACGGUAGUGCUGCAUUUCCGAGGCUCGGACAUGUCACUUCCGGCGACGAACUACUUGAUUCCGGUCGACACCAGCGGAAGCUUCUGUUUCGCCUUCGCGGGAACGAUGGGUGGGUUGUCGAUAAUCGGGAACAUCCAGCAACAAGGUUUCCGGGUCGUGUACGAUCUGGCGGGUUCUAGGGUCGGGUUUGCGCCUCGUGGGUGCGCGUAAGCCGGACCUUGACAUGGACGAUGGGGACAAAUCGACCCCUUAGUUUUAUUCCUUUUCCUUUAAAUCGUUGGGGUCUUUUUUUAAAAAAAAUUAAACAAAAAAAAAGGAAAAAAAAAGAUUGGACGCGCGGAGAUAACAUCUUCCUCGGAUUUGGUUGAAGACAGAGGACUAGAGAACAAGCUGGAUGUUUCUGCAAUUUACGUGCAUUGUGUUUGCUGUUGUAUUAUUAUUAGUAUUGUCCAAUUAAUUGAGAGUAACUAAACCCGUUACUCUAUUUCGCAUGGUUGUAUAUUAUUAAUUGCUCAUUUGAUGCUUCAUUUUCAUCAAAUGCUACAUUUGAUUGUGUUA